CACGUGACUACAUUCAAGAUAAAGUACAAGCUUGAUUGCCUGCCCAAAGCCAAACCUUCGGACAAGGAGGCAUCAAGAUAGCAGAAACCAUAGUGACAAGCCACCGCCAAUACCUCACGUGAGCUAUCCCCCACAAUCAUCCCAAAAACCGACCUCCUCUAUCGAAGAAACAACAACAUCCAUAUUAAACUUGUGCGACAGACAAACAAGUCACCAUAACCGACUACAACACAUCUGGAACCGCAACAACAACUGAGACCAGCAAGAGUUAGCUAUGGUUUCUUAUUACUUUUCUUAUUCCACAAUUUCUUUUAGAUAAAAUACUUAGGCUAAGUUUGUUUAUGCAUUGGUCAUGUUGAUUUUUGGAUCUUAAAGUAGUACUGAUUUUCUUUUUUUAUUGUUUUAAUUAUUCUUCGUAACUCCUUCCCCAAGCAAGUUCCCAUUCCUAAACCCAAACUGAGAAAUUCUAUUCUCCAUUGUUUCCCGACCCGAAUCCUAAACCCUAAACCCUAAACAGAGACCAUUCCAUGGGAACGCCGGAGACAUCACGAGAACCAUGCCCCGAUCGGAUCCUCGACGACAUCGGCGGCGCGUUCGGAAUGGGAGCGGUGGGUGGCUCCGCCUUCCACUUCCUCAAGGGCCUACACAACUCCCCUAACGGCCAACGCUUCCUCGGCGCCUCCCAAGCCGUUCGCCUCAACGCCCCACGCGUCGGUGGCAGCUUCGCCGUCUGGGGCGGCCUCUUCUCCGCCUGCGACUGCACCCUCGUCUAUGCCCGCCAGAAGGAGGACCCCUGGAACUCCAUCCUCGCAGGUGCCACCACCGGCGGCAUCCUCGCCAUGCGCCAGGGUCUCCGCGCCUCCGCCCGCUCCGCCGCAUUCGGGGGAGUUGUACUUGCUCUCAUCGAGGGUGCUGGCAUCGCCCUCAACAAGUUCAUCAGCACGCAGCAGCCCAUGCCGGAACUCAUGGAGGAGCCAGUGGUGGCCACUGGGUUUCCUUCAGAGGAUUCAGCCUCCGUCGGGACAUCGUGGCUCGGUGGUUUGCUCGGCAGAGGGAAGAAAGAGGAUCCUCGCGAGAGCGCCGGAAGCCAAACGAAGAUUCUGGAGAGUUUUGAUGCGCCCCCUGUGCCUAAUUUUGAGUACAAUUGAACUAGUGAUUCUUUUGUGGGUUGAAAUUGUAAUGUUAUUGAAAUUUAUUGUGUUGGUGAAUGAUUAUCUCUCAUAGUCAUAGCAGAAAUUUAUUACUUGUUGUCUAAUCUUCUUUGACAAUAAUAUACAUGUGUAGUUGUAGUAGACUUUUGUAUUACAGAUAUUUUGUGUUCUUAAAUUAUUGAUUCAAUUUUACUUUGAA